AUGAGGCUUUACCUCCAGGCGGUUACCCAGCGCUUCAUUCAAGACAUGGAGACGAGCGCUUUCGGCGGCAAGAGCUUCAUCCACUGGACGACAGAUGAGAAAAGUGAGGAGUUCUUCAAGUUUGAUGUGGUGGACAGAAAUGCCUACAAUGAGGCAGCUAGAUCUGGAAAGAUUCUCAUUGACAGCGACAUGACUCUGGUCGACAAUGGGAUUGAGGUGUAUGUCUACAAGGAUGAACAGGCCAAAGAGGACCUGGCCAAGCAGAUCAUCAUCGAGGACUUAGUCAUCAUUCCUACGGAAUUGCAGAAGGCCAUUAGAGUUAUUCAGGACACUCCGUUUCCUGAGUUUGUGGGUGGUAAGGAGACCUAUGAAGGAAUCCGCAUCACCCUUGAUUAA